UAUCCCAGAGCUUCGGAAGAGCAUGUCCCACUAUCAUCUCGCCUUGGAGCUGCAUCUUCCCUCUCUACGGGACUAUUGGUUGAUACAAACCUUGACACAUCAGUCCCUGAUGCUUAUAGGCCACCUCCUCCACCUAUGCCAUUUGAUGUGGCUCCAGGACGUCCUCAAACUCCAGUAGGGGCUCAGGAAACUUUCAGCAAUAAGGAUGAUGCAGCAGAACAAACAGCAAAUUCUGGUUCUGUUCAAGAAACAACUGGCAUCAAUACUCUAGAAAUUUCAGCUAAGUGUGAAGACAUAAAGGAGUCAGACUGUAAAGCACAAAAUAAUAAUAUAGAAUUUGAUUCAGCAAAGGAGCUAGAUGUUGAGCUCUCAAAGUCAGUUGAACCUAUUGUUUCAGCAACAGAGGAGGAGGAUGUCUGUCCCAUCUGUCUGGAAGAGUAUGAUGCAGAGAAUCCUAAAAUUACUACGAAAUGUGAGCACCAUUUUCAUCUUGCUUGCAUUCUUGAAUGGAUGGAAAGAAGCGAAACCUGUCCUGUUUGUGAUAAGGAGAUGAUAAUUGACCCUCCUAUUGAUUAGUAGCGAUGCUGAAACUUCAACCUCGGUCAACUUCUAUGCUGUUUGAAUUAAGUUUGAGAAGCAAAAUUUACAAAUGCACAAAUUUGAGUCGUUUGUGUCCAUUUUCCAUUGGUUGGCACAGUUUUUGCUGCAGAUGUUUCUUUUACUUUCUGAAGAGUCGAUGCCCGUUUCGAUGCAUAUUGUGUUUGUGCCUCAAGUACUGCAUACAUAAAAAAAUAAAAAAAAAACGAAUGAGAACAAAAAGGGACAGGGUUUGGAUGCGAAAAAAAAAAAAGAUAUGUGCAUUGCAUUCAAUUUAUAUGGUAAAUUAGUGUUGGCGAUAUAAUGGCUAAAUUUGCUUAAUAGGGUGCAUGUCCAAAGAUUUUGUUGUUGAUGGGCUUUCCCUUCCUCCCCUACUCCUCCCCCUCUGUCCCCUAGUAUAGAUUUUAUGCAAUUUACAAACUGAAACAGCAUUUUUCACUAGUCAGUUGCUUCUUGUUUGUUAGAUUAUUUAUGUAAAUAGUACAAAUCUGAUUUUCACAUGAAGGUUUGGUUUUUGUUGACUUUAGAGAUUAAUGAUUUGCACAACUCAUUUCAAAGCA